AUGGUAGAAAAAAAGAGAUUCAAGUUCCAGUCAUCAUCCAAAAUCGCAAAAUCUAUUCGUCUUUCAGCGUACGAUGAUAUAGUUUCAUUUAUCGCGAAAGACGUAGAUGGAUCACCGAGAUGCUUCAGAGUGACCUUGACUAACCUUCUGAGAGUAAAGGAUCUCCUCAAGUUCCAAAAUGAGUUAAGAGAGCUACAAAGAUCGGAGUUUUUUGCAAAAGGGAGUAGAUACAACGAGUUUGAAGAGAGGCCUAUAAAAUAUUAUGACAAACCGCUGCGAAUACUCUUGAAAUGUGCAAGGGAUGCCUCGCACACAGAGCUGGAUUACGUGUGCAGGCUGCUGGCGGCGUAUUUUAAGGACUAUGGAGAUUCCGGUGCUCUAAAGCUCCCAUUCGACGAUGCUCUGGAAAUUAUUGAGCUCAACCCAAACCUGAACUCGAAGCCGAUUUUUACAUUCGUGCUAACGUACUUCAAAUCACACACGUCGCACAUUUUGAAGAACAUACACGAGAUAGUAAAGGACUUCUUGCCAUGGCUGAACAGUAGGAAUCAGCUGAUAAAGAGACUGGCGAUGGAAUGUUUGGGAACACUGCUAAGAAGAGCACCAAUGCAAAUAAUUAAGGAAGUAAUAGAAAUGUGCAUACACACAGACGGAGCGGAGAAAAUAAUAUUCACUAUCAUAGAGAACGUAGACGGGAGUUUCACGUCGAAGAUAGAGUCGAUGUUUACAUAUUUGUUUGAGGAACUCAUACCAAGUAAAAUGGAAGAAGUGACCAAGGUGGUCGAAAACAUAAGAAACACAAUACACGUAAUGUCUACACACGCGAAAGACAGUAAAAUCGAUUUAACAUGGCUGAAGAGCAAAUAUGAACUGAAUGUAGUAAAGUUAAAAGAGGAAACGUGUAAAAUAGAAUUUAAAGCUCUGUGCAUACUAGUGGAGUUGAACUUGGAGAUGUUGCUGACGUUUGACCAGAGUAAGAUAACGCCAGUAAAGAAUUAUCCCCUGAUAACCAGAGGAGAGAGUUUUAGAGAGAUGUUUGUGAGCUUCAUAGUGCCGCUGCUAAAAUUCUCGAACCGGAGAGGGCGAGUGAGCGUGUUCGAGGACCUGUGCAGUUACCUUCUGAGAACAGUGAGGUCGGAGACGGAGUCAACGCGAGUUCUGGAGAAGGAAUUCGGAGUUUUCCUAGAAAGCAUUGACCACAACGAGGUGGGAAUGAACAACAUCAACUCGUUUUUAUCACUGUUUGAGUGGAGACUGAAGACGAAUGACGCAAGUCAAGCAUCGCAAAUACUGCUGGUCCUGGCAAACAUAAUAGAGCACAGAGAUAUUUUUCACCCACUGAUAGUUAAUACACAGAUCUUGAAGCGGGUGUUGGAGUUUGUAAAAAGCACCUUAGAUGAAAUGGAAGGCGGAGGAAGCAUGAAGUUGUUUGUAAACCUGUAUAGUAUAAUGUUUGGGCUGUCUUGCAUAAAUAAGGUGCGGAUUAAGCUGAAGGCGAGCGGGAUAGAAAAGGAAGACGAGUUGUUUGAGAGAGUGCUAGCACAAGUGCUGAGAGGACUGGAGCAGGGGCAUGAUUCAAGAGUGUUGAUGAGGACGUACACAAUCACGUUCGAGUUGUUGACGAAGGACAGGGGCGCAUGGAUUGAAAAGUUGGUGUCCACAGCAACGAGACUGCACCUUUUCGACAACUACCUGGUAGUUGAGUUCCUAGCGGCAAACUACGAUAACGCCUCAAACAAAGAGUCGGCGGUGAGGGAAGUGGUGGAAACAUUGCCGAAUGAAAAUAACAAUUUGAGGAUUAACGCAAUUAAGUUGGUGGAACUGCACUACUCGAAAUUGAAUAAGGACAUGGAGUGCCUUAAAGAGCUGACGGAGAUGGAGCGCACACCGAACGACGUAGAAAACGCAAGGAAAAAGUGUAUGACGAUGUCGAGAGCAGUGAGCGCAAUAGACUUUGAAGAAAUAAGAGGCCCAGAGUAUCAGGAGCUCAAAGGCCUGGUGAAGAAGGUGCUUAUGAGUCAAUACUUUGUAAAGUUCUCGCCACUGUGGGAAGGAGCGUUCGACGCGAACAAAAUAAUGAUCUCAAAGUUGAAGGCACACGAAAAGGGGCUGAAUGAGACGUGGGAGCUGUAUUGUAGGCAGUUGAAGGGCCUAGAAGCAGCGGAUAGGUGGCCUGAGCUCGACAAGGCAGUGGAGGCAGCAGUGAAUUACAAGACGUGCGAGAAGACGGACCUGAUAACGAUACAGCACCACCUGCUGAGAGUAAUCACGGAGAUAGUGGCGACAGUGAAAGACAGAGACCAGAAAAUAGAAGACCUGGUAGACUACACGCUGGAACAGUUCAGAGGAAACACAGAGUUCCUGAAGAACGCAAUCUGUACUUUGAGUGGCAUAAUGAGUAAAUACAACAGGAAGAGGUACAGAGAAGAGUUGUUUGAUAGCUGCGUGACGACAGGACUGAAGAGCGGAGACCCGAAGGUGCGAGAAGCAAGCCUGAACAUAGUGGCGAAGAGGUACAAUAAGAUGGAGACGAAGAGGCUUAGUGAAAUGUGCACAGGCAACCACCAGCAGAUAUUGGGACUGACAAGCAAGUACGUGUACGGAGAAGCAGUUUGCGAGACUGAGGAGGACCGGGAAAACGUGAACAUGGCAAUAGGAGUGGAAAUAAGACUCUUGGUACCAAGAAUAUACCAGCACUCAAACGUGGCACACGGAAGCACGAUCGUGGACUAUUUUCUAAACUUUGAGCCGAAGUACGUUAGUCUGAUGCUGAUGGAGCUUCUGCCAAACGAAUACUCACACGUGUUCACAGGAGAAGUUGCAGCCGCAGAAGACGAAUCGUUUGCAGCAAUGCGCAGAACGAUGAAGUUCCACGAAGCAGAGUACACGCUGAACCUGCCGAAUGUGCUCACGACACUUAACCUAGUAGUCAAAAGGCUGGUGAACAACUUAAGGCCACAGUCGAGACCAAUAAUGGAGUUCUGCUGCAUAAUACUCAAGGAGAACGCAGAUUUCACUAAGGAUAACUCGAACAUUUUAGUGGAAAGAGCGUUUAAGAUCAUGGUAGAGCUGGUAGGAAUAUUCAAAGUGGGCCACUUCAUGGAGAUAUUCAAAAGGCACUCCGAAGUGAUAGCGGCACUGGGCAGGCUAGCUGGAAUGGAUUUCGUGAUAGCCUGCACAUCGCAGCCAGAGCACACGGAGGAGUUUUGCACAGGAGUAGUCAGGGGGCUCUUUCCAGGAGUAUUUGAAGUUAAAUUGAGUCAGAAGCACAUGACGCUGGCGGACAACGUAUAUAAUCUGUACCCGGCGCACCUGAAGAAAAACGAGCUCGAAAGCGGCGAAGAGAUGCUGAAAAUUAUGGCAACCUCGUCGGAAACACUGCUUAACUCUAUGUCAACGCACUGCAACUACAACUGCCACCUGAUUUCAUGCAUCGUGGAACUGGACCUGGGCGACGAAGUUAGGCGCAGGGCGCUGAGCAUAUUCCUAGCAUCGCUCCCAGCGAGACCUGAAAUGACAAAGCUGGCGAAGUUGAAGAACGAGGUGGAUUUGUGGAAGAAGAUACUGCGCUCAGUGGACAUAUGCAUGUACCUAGUGGAAGGCGACGAUGUGGCCUCUGCAGGCAGGAUAUGGGACUUCGUGGACAACAUACUGUCGCUGGUCCAGGACAGCAGGUGCAGGAGGGCAGCGUCAGAGCUUUUGGGGAAAAUACCGUCCACAGGUAGGAAUCGCAGGCAACCAUUAAGUAACCACGAUGGAGUGGGAUACACGGGAGAACGGCUGUGCUCGAUGAACGGAGUGUCAGUGGAGCUGAGGCUGGAUUUGGACCUGAACGUGGAGAUAAUAACAGACGUGGUGCAGGAGUUGAACACGAGAAGGCUGAGCUUCAGAUGCAUCAACAGCCUGCUGACACAUUCGCUCUUCCUGCUUUCGAGCCACAGCAGGGACCCGGGAGUGAGAAGGAGCGUAGCGGAGCUAUCCUUUAAAAUCAUGGAAAUAACAAAGGAAAGAGUGAGAGAAGUUAGGGAGUUGGCACCCGCGAAAGUAGAGGAGACCACGUACGUAAUAUCGAGAACACUCGUGCCUUUUAUACGAAGAAGCCUGGCCGGUAACGCAGACGACUCACUGGUGUGUCUGUGUUUGGAGCUGCUGGAGCAGUUUGUGCACGAUUUCGCAAGCAUGGCAGAGGCAGGCACCAUAUUCGCAAACACGCACGCAGAUUUACUCGUAAACUCGUCAGUGGCAGGCUGUUUUCAUCAAAUGAGGGAGUUGCAGAAGUACAAGAGGUGCAAAGGAAUUAAGCAGUUGCAGGCAAUGGUGGAGUCAGGAAGUUUCAGUACAACCACGCUGCUGAGGCUAAUAGUACCAACGGCGCUCCAGUUUCUGAUACAGAGGAACGCGGUGAGGCACAUAGGGCUGUCGGACAUGUCGAAGCAGUGUCUGAUAGCGUCAUCCCAAGUGCUGCCAGUGCCCUCGAUCGUUAAGAUUCUGAAGAGGCUGCUGCAGACGUACGGCGCAUGCAAGCUGGCAAUAGUGCUGAAGAUAUUUUCGUCAGUAACGAGCUCUAAAAUGGAGGCGCUGAGGGAGUACAACGGAGCCGACGGAGGUGAGGCAUUCAAGGACAAUCUAGGAGUGGCAUUCAAGGAUAACCUGGGAGUGGGCCUGAUACUGGCGAGGCUGAAGAAGAUGAGUCUGGUCGAAGGAAAGAAGAAGGUGGGAGACGUGCCAGUGGUGGAGGUGUUCGAGUGCAUAGGAAACCUGCUCCAGUUCUACCCGGAGUCAGCGGUGACCAGAGAGUUGGUGAAGCAGUGCAGAAUACUGGCGAAGUUCCUGGCGUCGAGAAACAGAGACGUGAGAAGGCUGGCAAGAACGGCGCUGAUAAGCCUGGCGAAGCCGUUCAGAACAAGGCACGUCGACGUCUUCGUCAAGGAGCUCUUCACAAACAUGACCAAGGGCUACAAGUGCUCAGUGCUGAUAUUCACAAUACACGCAAUACUGAACAAGGUGCUGGACGAAGAAAACAUGCUGACGACGAGAAACCAGCUCAGAUACCUGUACACGAUGAUCCUGGACGAGAUAGCGAGGAGGCAGGAGAAGGACGACUCGAGUUCGAAGAUAGACGAAGCGAGGCAUCCGAAGUCGUCACAACUGAUAUCGCUGAUAUCGCAGUACUCGGACGCGAAGGUGGUCGAAAGCAACUUCACGUUCCUGAUCGCGUUGUUAAAUGGGAAGCUGGUGAGCCACAGGACGGAGCACCUGGAGUACACGGACAAGUUUCUGAGGAGAGUGAACGAGCUGAUAGUGUCAGCAACCUCAGGACUGAUGCAGAACAGAAAGGUCGACCAGACGGCGCUGAGCUUCAAGAUCUUCAUGACUGCGCUGCCGAAGGUGCGAGGAAUAGAGAAGAACCUGGACCAGUUCCCGGAGGACCUGGUGGAAGCAUACAGAAGGUGCAAGCAGACUCCGGAGUGCAAGCUGAAGGAGAGCGCGGAGAUAGCGAAGCCGGAGCCUAAGUCGGCGGAGGAAACCGAGGGGGCUGAGGGGCGCUUGUCGAGGUUGAAGGACAGGUACACGGUGAUGCCGGGAGCAGCCACGGGAAGGUCGUUCGAGUCGUCGCUGAAGAGGCCAGGCUUCGAAAGCCACAUAUUCGCGCCGCUUUUCGUCAACUCGUGUCUGAGGCUAUUCAACAACACACUGGUAAGCGGGACUGAGAACGACCCCCGGGGUUGUGACGACGGCGCUAACACGAGCAACGGGUCACCAAACACAGAUGAGUAUCGCCUGUGCGAAUUCGCUGUGCUGAUAAGUUUCCUGAGCGAGGAGGUUGCCUUGCAAAAGGCGAGCUGCACGUGCCUGCUGAAGCUGUGUAAACUGAGGCCGGAGCUGAUAGAGGACUACGGGCACGUGCUGGCGUCGCACCUGGUCGACAGAAUGGGAUCGCUCGAGCUCGUGGGCUCGGAGGAGCUGGCCAAGGACCACAUCGGACUCAUAUCAGUAUUUUUCAAAAACGAGUACCUGGACAUCCUGCACGAGGCCUGGGAGGCGUCCAACAGGAGCGGGAAGCUGGUGGAGAGCCUGCUGCUGCAAAUAGAAACGAACCUCAGCAGGCCGAAGCUGCACACUCCGCUCUUCAAGCUGCUGCUGACACUGAUGCAGACGACAAUAAGCACGAACACGUACACGGUGAAGUCCAACAACAUUCUUGGGAGCGCACCGAGAAACGCAAUUGCCCCUGUCCACACGGCCGCGAAUAAAAUGCCGAAUGGAUGCAACAUAGAGGAGGCGUCAAAAGGCACAGGCUCGAACAAGACGAAUAACCGUGAGAGACUGAGUGUGUACUUCGACAAGGAGUUCUACAGGGUGACCUACGAGAUCAUGAUACGAGUGGUCAAGGGCGACAUAGCGACGAGGGCAAGCACGGUGGCCGCCAAGGCCCUGGGAUACUCGUUCAUACUGCUCCCGAUGGACGAGGGCACGAGGUCGAAGCGGUUCGCGCUGCUGCUGAAGCACGUGAACUCGCCGGACCCGCACGUUAGAACUAUGACGACGAAAACGCUCCUCGUGAUAACGAGAGAGCUGCCAGGGCACGUGAUAUGGAAGAGGUACGCCAGCAUGUUGAUACUGGCGUUGCUGCCAAGGCUAGUCUCAGAAGAGGACCCGAUCUGCAGAAAGCUCCUGCAGACACUAGUGACGCACGUAUGGUCGAGGGGAAGUAGGGAAAACAAGAACCAAAUACUGGACGUGGUGGCGCACUUCGUAGGAAAGAUGAAAAAACACGUACAUUUGGCGUUUUCGUUCUUCGUGUACCUGGCGCUGAAGAGGGAAGACUCAGUGCACGACAUCAACAGACUGAACCUGAACGCACUGGCCGGUUUCCUGGAAAAGAUCAACGACGACCACUGGCAGAACUGCUACUACUGGCUCCUGCUGCUGGAGCACCUGCUUUCAGUGGAGUUUGACGUAACGAAGGAGCCAGCGCGGAAGAUAUGGGAGUUCGUGGUGGACGUGGGUCUGGCGUCGCAGCACCCGUGGAUCCUGGCCUCAAGCCUGAGGACACUCGCACGCGUGCUCGGCACGAGGAAGGCUGACGAGGUCGUGCCCAACUUCAACGCGAGGGUGUUCGCACUCCUGAAGGCGACUUUGAGGAACAUGUCGACCUACUACGGGUACCUGGAGAGGCACAGGAAGCUCGAGGCGGCCACGGAGGAGGCCGUGAAGAAGUGCAUCGACUUGCUCUCGGAGUACAGGGACAAGAGCCUCGAGAGGCUUACCUCGAGAAUAUGCUACAUUCUGAGGUGCGACCUCGGAAGGAAGUCGGAGUGCUCCCGCAGAAUAAGCCUGAUUCUGGAGCUCCUGGCGCACCUGGCCUCGAAGCCGGUGCUGUACGAGCGGAGUCACCGCGUGAUGCUCCUCAAAGUGAUCAUAGCGCUCUUCAGAGUGGCGCACGCUAAGCCGGCCGGCGUGAGCCCGAAGCUGCGCAAGGCGCGGGACGCCGACACUUCGCACGCGGACAGGGCCUCGAGCAUCCUGGACCUCAUCGAGCACUCGUUCGCAGAGUCUCCGGCCGAGUAUCUGAGGCUUCUGAGCUUCGCAAGGAACUACGUGCUCAAGUCGCGACUCGUGAAGAAGAGGCAGAUAGCCCUCGCCAUGGCGACGAACACGAAGCAGGCAGCGCUGAGAAAGCUAAAGAAGAACCGGAAGAAGCGAAGGAAAUUCAGGCGCUAG